UUUAACCCGCUUUUAACGGGGUUGCGGGUUCGAGUCCUGCGGUGCUGGGUCUGUGCUGCAGGUCAGCAGGGCUGUACUGAGAGCUGGUACAGGACAGCGCUGCUCUCAAACAGGGGAGGGGAAACCCCCCCCCCGUGUUCCUUACAUCUGAGGAGGGCUGGGAAAGAGAGAUGAGGAAAAAAAACUGUGUGAAACUCACCUUGCUCCUGCCCCCCUCCCCUCAGCUGCCCCCCCCCUCCCUACCUUUCGUCACUCAGAAACCCCUCCCCUCCCCAGCUGACUGAUUCUCAUUUAAAUGGCUGCUGGGACUGGGCUCGUGUCCCAUCCUGAGUGAAGCUUCACUGCCUCCCUCUCGCUCUCUCGCUCGACACGCCGGAGAGGGUCGGUAAAAAAAGAGCUCAGCUGUCACUGGCACGUCUGGGGGGGGGGGAAAGGAGGGGGGGGGGGCAAACCAAACCUGGACUUUGGAAGAAAAAUGUCACACCUGAAAAAAGAAAAGAGAAUCAGCUGCUUUGGCCCGUGCGUGAGGCGUUUCCCUAGAAACCGCAGGAACAGACAGCGGAAAAUGCCGGCUGAUUUGUGGCUGGCUGAACCCGAGGCUCGGAGGCUCAGUUAAUCAUUAGGGCAGACGGGGUACACAAAAACCCGGCAAACAGCAAACAGUAAACACCUCAGCCGGAGGCUCCACGGGACGAGUUUGGGCCGAGCUCUGCCGCCUUUUCGUGCGGGACGUGGGACGCUGUCCUGUUUUUUUUUUUUUGUUUUUUUUUUGGGAGAUGUUUGUCCUCUUCUGUCCUGGAGUUCAUCUGUAGGCUGGGACACGCGCUGCUGAGGGAACCCCCACUAUCCCCCCACCCCACCUGGAAAUCAGGGUCUCUGUCCCGCUGGAGAGGUGUGUGAGCGCUCCGUUGGAGAUGAGUUUCGGGGUGAGUUUCGGCACGUUUCCGGGACGGUCGGGGUUUCGGUGAAUGGACCGGCGCCAGAGGGACCCCUGAUGUCCACGCUGCUGGUGGCCGGGCUGCUCCUCCUCCUCCCUGGGGUCGGCUGGGGCUCGGCGUCGCCAUGGAGACCCUGCACAGAUCUGUUGCCGCUCGACUUCCUGUCCCUGGUUCUUCCCAAGGGUGGGGAGGCCCUGAUGGGGGUGCGCAUGGUUCAGGACGGGGGGGCCCGGGGGCUGCGUUUCACUGGGCCCCCCCGAGCGCUCAGCUUCCCCGCCUCUCAGCUCUUCAUCAACUGCGAGUUCUUCCCUCAGGAGUUCUCCAUCGUGGUCACGCUGAAAGUGGCCCGUGUGGCCCCUAAGAAGAGCGAGUACAUCUUCUCUCUGGUGGAGGAGGACACAGAGCGGAUGCUCAUGGGCCUGCGCUUCUCUCAGGACCGGCUCCACUUCCUGUUCCUGGGCCCGGGAGGGUGGGAGCGGCUGGCCUUCCGGUCCGUGCGGCUCGCCGACGGCCGCUGGCACACCCUGGUGCUGGCGGUGAGCGGGCCGUACGCCACCCUCACCCUGGACUGCGGGAUGCCCCUGGACCUGGCGAACGGGAAGCCAUUCCCCUCCACGCUCAGCACCAAGGGCUCCAGGUUCUACGUGGGCAGCCGGAAGCGUUGGAAAGGCCUGUUCUCCGGGCUGAUGCAGCAGCUGGUUCUGUUGCCCGGGUCCGACGCCGCCCCGCGCAUUUGCCCCUCCUCGAACCCCAGGCUCGCCGUCCUCUCCGUGCCCCAGGCCCUGCUGCAACUGCCAAUCAAAUCGCCCGGGACCGAAGCCCUAAUCUACCCUUACGAGGCUGAUUUGCGCGUGACCCUGGGGACGCAGCCUCUUUGCGGGAAAACGGAGCUGGGCCAGCUGUGGUUUGACACCCUAAAGAGGGGCCUAUUCCUGUGUGACGGCGGGGCCUGGGUCUCCAUGCUGCAAGAGAAAGAGCGGCUGGACUACGUGGAGGAUUACCAGGACCUCUACACCAACUCCGAGACGUUCGACGUGGAGGUUUUCCAGAUCCCCUCCGUCGGCCUAUUCGUCGCGACCGCAAACCGCGAUUCUAAGCGGGGAUCCGGGAUUUACAAGUGGAGCGACGGGAAGCUGGAGCCGUACCAGAACAUCAGCACCUGGGAAGCGAUGGCCUGGAAGUACUUCACCGUGGACAAGAAGAAGUUUUUGGUGGUGGCCAAUUCUCGGGGGAAGAGGGCGGGGGACCGGGAGCUGUCUGUCAUCUACAAGUGGAGCCCGAGGAAGCUGAGGUUCCUGCAGUACCAGUCGCUGGAGACCCACAGCGCCCGCGACUGGGAGGCCUUCCACAUCCAGGGGGAGCACUUCCUCGCCGUGGCCAAUCACAGACAAGGAGACAACAACCACAACAUCAACAGCGUGAUCUACAAGUGGAACCCGGGCGCGAAGGCCUUCGAAGUGAACCAGACCAUCCGGACCUCGGGGGCGUACGACUGGGAGUUCUUCACUGCGGGCCCCUACCACUUCCUGGCGGUGGCCAACACGUUCGACGGCGCGUCCACGCAGAUCGAGUCCGCCGUCUACGUCUGGCUGGGCGGGACGUUCCAGCUCUUCCAGGCCAUCACGACAUUUGGAGCGACAGACUGGGAGAUGUUCCAGAUCGGAAGCAGGAUCUUCCUAGCGGUGGCCAACGGGCAGAAAUUAUACAGGAAAGGGCCGAGCGUCUACAAUCUCAACUCCACCAUCUAUGAGCUCAACAUGGCCACCAAGACUUUCCUCAUGUUUCAGGACAUUGCCACCUACAGUGCAGUUGACUGGGAGUUUUUUACGCUGGGUGAUGAAAAGUUUCUGGUGGUGGCCAAUUCCUACGACGGAACGUCUUACUCUUUAAACAGUGUCAUUUACAGGUGGCAGGGGUAUGAAGGGUUCGUGCCCGUCCACCGGCUGCCCACCAUUGGGUGCAAGGACUGGGAGUUCUUCGCCUCCACAGAGGGGUCCUAUCUCAUCUACUCCAGCGCCACAGAGCCCCUGUCCAAAGUCUUCCGGCUGAAGACCCACUGACGGACGCUAUAUGACCAAAAGUGUCUGGACACCCCUUGGUCUGGGGGGUGUUUUUCACGGUUUGGACUGGGCCCUUCAGUUCCAGUGAAGGCAAAUCUUAAUUAUGCAGCAUGCAAUCACAUGCUAGACGAUUCUGUGCUUCCCCAGCGGUUUGGGGGAAGGCCCUUUCAUGUUUCAGCAUGACAAUGCCCCUGGGCACAUGGUGAGAUCCAUAUAGAAAUGGUUUUGUCAAGAACGGUGUGGAAGAACUUGACUGGCCUGCACAGAGCCCUGACCUCAACCCUAUCCAACACCUUUGGGAUCAACUGGAAAGCCAACUGUGAGCCAGGCCUAAUCGCCCAAUCAGUGCCCGACCUCACUAAUGCUCUUCUGACUGAAUGGAAGCAGAUCCCUGCAGCAAUGCACCAACGUCUAGUAUAAAGCCUUCCCAUAAGAGUGGAGGUUGUGAUAGCAGCAAAGGGUGGCUCAACUCCGUAUUAAUGCCCAUAAUAUUUGGUGAGAUGUUGGAUGUCAGGUGUCCACGUACUUUUUGGCCAUGUAGUGUAAAUGGCGAAAAUACAUGAUGGGCAUUUCAGGGGCUGAUCUAAUGCGCAAGGGAGGCAGAAAGCAGAAGCAAGGCUGACGAGGCCCAGGAAAAGUGCCACGACACAAAGCUGCAACUCCUGUUUAUUACGCUGGAGCAGCAGGACCUGAAGCAAGGGGCUGAUUUAUAUAAAAAUACAGAUGUUCUCUGGCAGCUUUACACUGGUGAUAUUUUAACCUGCAGAUUUAAUUUUACUGUGGUGUCAUUCAUUUAACCAUGAAUCAAGGAAUGGAUACGGAGGAGAGAGUAAACAGGCUGAAGCCUUCUUUUCAGAUGAACAUCUUGACGGGCAGUCGUUGCAGAUCCAUUUAUACGGUUAUGGAUUAAAUGUGAUUUUGCUGUUCUGCACUCUGAGAUGUAUAUUACUAUCCACAAAAUAAAUAAAGUGUAAUUUAUUAACAUAUAUGAAAGCAAAUCAUCUGCCUCAUCACAUAUUUGAUUUAUCAGAGGUUUUUUUUAUUUCAGUUUCAUGUUACUUAUUUAUGUUUUUUUUUUUAAAUGUUUUUUAUUGUUGAAUAAGCUCAAGCACAGCAAUAAGUCAGCAGCUAUCAAAUUGAAAUUGAACAGUUGACGAGUUACAUUUUUAAAGAAAGUGCAGAACUAAAACUUGUCUCCUGAUACUCACACCAGUGCGAGACAACAUUAUAUAGUUCAAGCUACUGGUGCAUAAGGCUGCUACUUGGCUUAGUAGCAGGCCUAUAGUGCAAUAUGUAUACAUUGUCUACUUGUGGGCAUUUGUUUGUCUUCACCUGGCAAGUAGUAUUGCUGAAUUUUAUCUUGUUCCUGAUAAUCGGUAGUCCAAUAAUGUCACUGAUUUGCCCGAAAUUACAUUCACCUGGUGCCUCCGGUUUAAAUCAGGUUUGCUACUUGGUGGGGGUACAGCUCUCCCGCAAACAGGCCUACUGUUUGGCCAGUAGAGAUGGUAAUGGUUGCAGUGGAGAUAAUUGGACGAGUAGCCUACACAUGCCUGAGGUAUUUACGCGCCUAGGAGGCACCGAGCGAAUUUGAUGGUAAUAAUUGGUCAUUUCAAAUCGGGGAUUGGGUUAAAAAAAAAAAAAGAUUAUUAGACAGUAGCCUGCGUUGCUCAACUACUGAACAAUUAUUAUAUGGAAUUAGCUAACAGAUACGUUUCUCAUUAACUUGUUUAAAAAUAACGUAAUUGUAUAAAAAUAGUAGAAUGUUAAACGAUAAGAUCAUCAUGAACAAAGUUGAUUCUGUUUUGUAAUAUGUGAACCAUCUAAUGUGAACGCUGUGUUUUCCUGUCCAAUAAAACUCACCCCUUUGCUUACC